AUGGUUAGGGCAAAUUUAUUGAGCGUGGUUAUGCUUAUGCAUGCAAUUGUUGGGCUUCCUCAUAACGCGAGGGGCUUAAGUAUGAGUUACUACAUGAAGAGCUGCCCUACCGCAGAGCACAUUGUGAAGAAUAGUGUUAACAAUGCUCUUCAAGCCGAUCCCACUUUAGCCGCAGGUCUUAUCCGUAUGCUCUUCCACGACUGUUUCAUUGAGGGAUGUGAUGCGUCGAUCCUGCUAGAUUCAACAAAUGACAACACUGCGGAAAAGGAUUCGCCUGGUAAUCUGAGUCUACGUGGCUACGAGAUCAUAGAUGAUGCAAAACAAGAAAUCGAGAAUACUUGUCCAGGAGUUGUAUCUUGUGCAGAUAUACUUGCCAUGGCUGCUAGAAAUGCUGUUUUUUGGGCUGGCGGUCCAUAUUAUCAAAUACCCAAAGGAAGAUUUGAUGGUAAGAGAUCGAAGAUAGAAGAUACAAAAAAUCUUAUUCCGCCUUCUUUCAAUGCCUCUCAACUCAUUCAGGCUUUUGGCCAGCGUGGCUUCAGUCCUCGUGAUGUUGUUGCUCUCUCCGGAGCACAUACCCUUGGAGUUGCUCGAUGCUCAUCCUUCAAGGCUAGACUUAUCACCCCAGAUUCUUCAGUGGACUCUUCUUUUGUAAACACUCUCUCUAAAACUUGCAGUGUCGGUGACAAUGCAGAGCAACCACUUGAUGCCACACGCAAGUAUUUCGACAAUGCUUAUUUCAAUGCGCUUCAGAUGAAAUCAGGAGUUCUCUUUUCAGACCAAACCUUAUUCGACACUCCAGUGACCAGGAAUCUUGUUAAUGGAUAUGCUUUUAACCAAUCCAAGUUUUUCAUUGAUUUCCAAAAGGCCAUGCGCAAAAUGAGUAAGCUCAAUGUCAAAAAUAGCUCUCAAGGUGAAGUCCGUAAACAUUGUCGCUGUCUUAACUAAGCCUGGGCCAAAUGUACUUAUGAUUUUCUGUACCAGUGCACUCCACCUUUGGUUAUAUGUACGUAUCUCUAUGAUAUGAUUCAUGAUGAAUCACUUGUGCACCAUGUAAAAACUUGGUGUUCGUAAUAUAUGUUGUUGUGUACUUAUUGUUUGUCUGUUUCACAUAUUUAAUAAAAAC